GCUCGCUGUCAGCGUGACGAUCGACCGCCGCCAAGGACGGUGGAUCGUGCACGGUGUCCGAGCAACUGCUGUGGUCACGGUUGACCGUGGGCAGAGACAGUGGACUGUUCUGCUCUUCCGCGGUUCACCACCUCUACCGUCCGUGAUAAGGUAUGACGGUCCGAGCAACGGUCAACCAUUGGAGUCUCAAUCUCAACCGUAGUGACCAAACGGUCGAGCAUCGGUAGAAACGGUCAACAGUCACGGUUGAAGAGAUUAUGUGAACCAUCCGGAAGACAAAGGGACGAUAGGAUGGCAGAGUAAAGAAUGGCGGCACACAAUUGACACAAUGAAAGUGGCAUGGAUAAAUUCCUUCCAUUCACAGACCCAACCAACUCCCAAUUUCCCCCCACCGACGCGCCUCUCGACUCUUCCCCGCCGCCGUCCGGCGGGAUGAAGCAGAAGACAUGGCCGCCCAAGUUCGAAAGCCCUCCUCCCUUCAUCGCGCUCCAUUUGGUCAAGAAACAGACCGCCACCCGACCCGACCCGCGGGCUUCCUGCAAAUCGAGGAGCUCGAAGCCGCCGUUCUCCGAUCCGCACUCCGGCCGUGCCCUCCAGCGGGACUACUCUCAGCUCCCCUACGACGUGUUGGGGAAGAUCGCGGCGGCCUUCUCGUGGAGCGACCUCCGCGCGGCGUCGCUGGCCUGCAAGUCGUGGGGCGACGCGCUCCUCCCCUUGAGGGAGGCGAUGCUGUUCCUCAGCUGGGGGAAGCGAUUCAAGCACGGCCGCGGCGAGGUCAAGCCCAACUUGGCAAAAGCCCUCGAUUGCUUCCUCAAAGGGGCGGCGCGUGGGUCCACUCUCUCCAUGGUGGACGCCGGGCUUUUGUAUUGGGAGAUGGGGAGGAAGGAGGAGGGAAUUGAUUGGUACAGGAAGGCAGCCGUGCUCGGCGACCCCACCGGCCAGUGCAAUCUGGGAAUCUGUUUCUUGCAAGGUGAGACUUCAAAGUGGGAAGAGGGUGUUAAGUGGUUGUAUAAAGCUUGUGUUGCCGGUCAUGUUCGUGCUCAAUACCAAAUUGCACUGUGUUUCCAUCAGGGUCGCGGUGUGCAUAAGAAUUUUCAGGAAGCCGCCAAGUGGUAUCUGAAAGCUGCCGAAGGUGGAUAUGUGCGUGCCAUGUAUAACACUUCAUUGUGCUAUUCAUUUGGAGAGGGGUUGGCGCAGUCUCAUAAAUUGGGGAGGAAAUGGAUGAAGAAGGCAGCCGAUCGAGGUCACUGCAAAGCUCAGUUCGAACAUGGGCUACAUCUUUUAUCUGAAGGGGAUAUGAUGAAUGCUGUGGUGUACCUGGAACUUGCAACACGUGCAGGCGAGGCCGCCGCUAGCCAUGUAAAGAAUGCUGCACUACAACAACUGUCCCCAUUUUCUCGCAGUCAAGCAAUGAUCCUUGCCAAUAACUGGCGUGCUUCACAUUCGUCUCGUUAAUUCAACCCCCCCGCCACCCUUUUUUCCUCCACCCUUGCCUUGACUUUCCUUUUUUUGGUUUUUUUCCCCGGUAAGUUUGAUUUGUCUUUGUAGUCUCUUCUCCCAUGGAACAUGAUCUUGUCGAUGUUAUAAAAAGAUGAAAUAAAAGUUCUAUUUGGGUACUUGGGAGAGACCUGAAUGGAGAGACUCCUUUAGGCUUAUAUAUGUUAUUAGUCCCUUCAAAUAUAAUGUUUUUGUUAUAAAGACAACCUUCUUAGUGAUGUCCCACAAAUGGCAAAUGUCUUGGUAACUGAAAUUACACAUCUUGUAUAGAUAUACUCCAUAGAUCAAAAUAGUUGUGAUUUUUGAACCAUGAGAAUGUAGGACCAGAUACUGUUUUU